UGCUUAACUUAUAGGACAGGCUUCCUGAUUGGUCGAUGUUUUUGAAAUAACCAAUCAUUACUGCACUUGGUGUCAUCAAGCUUCGCAAGAGCAUCGGACUGUGUAGUCGGGCGCCCGGGUUUCACACUCCCGAAACCGAACGUCUCAGCUGAAAUCGAGUCCUCGGUUUUGUGUGUGCAAUAUCGCGCCACGAGUGUUCGUGUUGGCAGCGCGGCCCCGGGCUUCGCGCCUGCUUGCCGCGUGCGUCACUGGCUCACCCUUGGCACUCGGCCUGUACGUCGUGCUGCUCCCCUUCCGUCAGCCACGUCUCCAUGCGCUUCGACCCCUCAGAGCUGGCCCAGGGGAUGGCGUACCACCCGUUCCUGCUGCCCCCGAACCGCCAGCCGCCAGACUUUAGCGUGAGUACGCUACUGACUCAACCAAACUACUUUCCGCUACCUCUACCACAUCCGUACCCGGCAGCUCCCUUUCCCAAGUUACCCGCUCCGCUCACUGGUGGCUCGCCGUACAUAACGGCCGACGACGUGCUUGGCCAAAGUGGACAUUUUCGACCAUUAAGAACCUUGGAGCCCGAAGAAGACGGAGUACAGGAUGACCCAAAAGUAAAUUUGGAAUGCAAAGAACUUUGGGAACAGUUUCAUGGACUUGGGACUGAGAUGGUCAUAACAAAAACUGGCAGGCGAAUGUUUCCCGGUUUCAAGGUCCGAGUGUCCGGCCUGGACAAAAAGGCUAAAUACAUUCUUCUUAUGGACAUCGUAGCAGCUGACGAUUGUAGAUACAAGUUCCAUAACAGCCGAUGGAUGGUGGCCGGCAAAGCUGAUCCCGAGAUGCCCAAACGAAUGUACAUUCAUCCAGACUCUCCAAGCACGGGGGAACAGUGGAUGCAGAAGGUGGUGUCCUUCCACAAACUGAAGCUGACCAACAACAUUUCGGACAAACACGGCUUUACUAUUCUGAACUCCAUGCACAAAUACCAACCCAGGUUUCACCUUGUACGAGCAAACGACAUCUUGAAGCUGCCGUACAGUACGUUCCGUACAUACGUCUUUAAAGAGACCGAAUUCAUUGCUGUCACAGCUUAUCAAAACGAAAAGGUCAGUGAAUAUAUAGAUAUAAUUUUGUUGACAGCGAGAGU